GAAAAGUUACUCCAGACACCAAUCAUGGCUGAAUCCAAGGGAAGUUCCCCUGAGGCCACUGAGGCCAGGGUCAACCCUAUUGUUGAGGCCGCUAUGGAAUCACAGAACAACAAAUCAACUCAGGAGGCACCGGCCUCGAACCAGCCCAGGAGGGAGCUUUUCAUCCGAUCGCUUCCCGCCUCUGCGACGACCGAGCGCCUGACGGAACAUUUUUCGCAAUCCUACGUUAUCAAGCAUGCCAUCGUCGUCACUGACCCGGAGACAAAACUCUCGAAGGGCUACGGUUUUGUAACGUUCGCCGAUGUCGAAGAUGCAAAAGCUGCGCUGGAAGAAUUCAAUGGAUCCGUCUUCGAGGGCAAGACGAUCAGGGUUGAAUAUGCGCAACCACGACAGCGUGUUGUCGACGAGAACCUUAGAAGGAGUAAGCCGUCAGCCGAAGCUCUCGAGCUCAAGAAGCAGAGAGAAGAUCAAAGGGCAGCCACUCAGCCACCCAAGCUGAUUGUUCGAAACUUGCCGUGGAGCAUCAAAGAACCCGACGAUCUGGCAGUUCUCUUCCGCAGCUUCGGAAAGGUUAAAUUUGCUACUCUCCCGAAGAGAGGAGACAAGCUGGCCGGAUUUGGUUUCGUCGUUUUGCGAGGAAAGAAGAACGCAGAGAAGGCGUUGCAGGCAGUGAACGGGAAGGAAAUUGACGGAAGAACACUGGCCGUUGACUGGGCUGUCGAAAAGAAUGUCUGGGAGGAUCUACAAAAGGGAGAGGAAGAUCAGGAGCAGAAGGAAGAGGAAGGAUCAGAAGAUGUCGAUAUGGCUGAUGGAAAUGAGGAGGCAGAAGAAGCUGGUUCUGAUGAAGACCUAUCUGCUGAGGGAGACGACAUCGAAGGUGACAGUGACAGCGACGAGGAUGAAGAUGCCGAGGAGGACGAAGACGAGGAGGACGAGGAAUCAAAGGAAGACGAAAGAGACGCUUCGACCGUUUUCAUCAGGAACCUUCCAUUUACCUGCGAUGACGAUAUGCUCUACGAACACUUCACCCAAUUCGGUCCACUCCGCUAUGCGCGAAUCGUUGUCGACCGUGAAACCGAGCGUCCCCGCGGUACUGGUUUUGCUUGCUUUUGGAAGUCAGAAGAUGCAGCGUCCUGUGUUCGUGACGCCCCCAAACAGCAAGAGAACCCCGCUGCAGACAAAGAUAAGGCGAAGAAAGUCUCUACCACGUACAAGCAUUCCGUCCUGCAGAAUGAAAAUUCCGACCCCAGCGGACGGUAUACGCUUGAGGGCCGUGUGCUACAAGUCGCCCGCGCAGUGAGCAAAACUCGUGCUGUGCAGUUGGAAGAAGAGGGAGUGUCUCGCCGACUCGUCCGUGAUACCGACAAACGCCGUCUCUACCUUCUUAAUGAAGGUACCAUCCCGCAAAACUCUCCCCUGUACAAGAAGCUUUCUCCGUCUGAGAUAAAGAUGAGAGAAGACAGCUUCAAGCAGCGACAGAGUUUCAUCAAGAAGAACCCAACUCUUCAUCUCAGUUUAACGCGUUUGUCAAUCCGCAAUAUUCCCCGCCAUGUCACCACAAAAGAUCUGAAGCAACUCGCUCGCCAAGCGAUCGUCGGGUUUGCGGAGGAUGUCAAGAAGGGCCUACGUCAGCCCCUCUCGAAGGAGGAACUAGACCGGGCAUCCGAAGAAAUGAAGGAGGCAGAGAAAUUGCGGAAGAAGAAGGGUGUCGGUGUUGUGAGACAAGCUAAGAUCGUUUUCGAAACCCGAGAUGGCCACAAGGUCGGUGAGGAGAGCGCUGCAGGGAGAAGCAGAGGUUACGGUUUCAUCGAGUACUAUACCCACCGUCAUGCCUUGAUGGGUUUGAGGUGGCUUAACUGCCAUGCUGUUGAGGUGCCUGCGAAUGGCUCGGAGGAAGUCAAGGAUAAGAAGAAGCGGUUGGUCGUCGAAUUCGCCAUUGAGAACGCUCAAGUUGUCAAGCGUCGGAGUGAACAGCACGCUAAAGCACGUACCUUCAAGAAAGGAGACCAACAAGGUGAAGAGAAAUCGGACAAAGAUGGUUCGAAGGACAAGAGAUUUUCCAAGGGAUUCUCCAAGGGACCCUCUAAGGAACCUUUCAAGGGGCAGAAGAGGAAGCGACCUGACAAUAACGAUAAAGACGCAGGUGGGGAGGAUGACGAGGAACAGAAUAAGGUUGCUAAGCGUAAUCGGAUCAUCGCGAAGAAGAGGAUGCAGCGGAGGACUCGGAAGGGAAAGGCUUAAGCCGGGUACAUACACAAAAGUCAAUGUGGGUUAUAUAUGGAGUGAAUAGCUAAUGAUUACUGUGCACAAGCCCACCUGUAAUUCUCUAACACUGUCUUGUCGAGCGCACUUGACACCAAUCAUUUCAGAUGAGAAAUACUGGAAGAAGCUGGUAAUAGAAUAAGUCCACGGGU